AUGGAGACUUCCAAGCAAAGACUCAGACGGGCUAUGCGACUUCCUGGACCAUCUAUUGGCUUGAAGCGAUCUCAAACAGAUACUACAAAUGGCCAAGCUCAGCUGCGCCCUGGCUAUCAGGCUGAAGGUGGGGUACAAUCGGCGGCAGCAAAUCUGCCCCAUCUCCAGCUCAUACCUCCUUCGUCACAAUCCAGAGAUGGACACCAACCUACCACGCCGCCAAACAGUACCGGCUUCUCCGAUAGAUGGACCGAGAUAAGGCAAAAGGCCGAGCUGGAGCGACCCGGUCAAGGAGCCUACCAAAGCGACGAAGAAACCCUAGUUGAGGAGUCUAUCGAAAGUCAAGUGGCCCGCAUCAAAGCUCGUGUAGCAGAGUUGACGAAUAGUGUUAAGAGCGACAUCCCUGUUUCUGCAGAGCGCAAUCAGGAGAGGCCCUUGACACUACACGCUCGUCGACAUACCGCUGGGAACAUCACCACCUCCCCUAAUGUACAGUCUGCGCCACGUCACAAUGAUAUUUACAUGGAACCUGUGAUCUUCGACGACGCCUUAUCCGAGCCAUCUGGCAUCAAAACUGUUGAAGAUUCUACACGAACAUCGUCAGCGGACGGAACCGACCUAACUUGUAUCGAACGAGACCCAUUCUGCAGACCAUGGGACUCUAAGUCAAUACUGAAUCGUAUAUUAUCGGAGAUGGGUGUUCCAAGCGCUCGAGAUGCUCUCGAAAGACUUGGAUUGACCGAUCUGUGGCUACCGCUGUCGAAACAACUACUCAAACGAUCACUCAGUGAUCCCCGUCAUGUCUCUGUGUUUCUGGAAUUACAAGAAGAACAUCUCAGUGUGGUUCUUGCGCGUUGGACACAAUCUGUCACGAGACAAAAUAUACACGAUAUGAUGCUCAAUCACUGCGAGUUUGAGGACGACGAAGAGAUAUUUGAGGAUAAUCGGGUUCUCGGUGAAGGGUUGGUGGGCCUUGUCGAAGAGGUGACAGUACGAUCCCGAGAACCACCCAUUACAUGUGUGCGGAAGAAGAUCAUGAGACCUAAACAGCUCAAAGCGCACCAAAAGAUCAUGGCUGCGUUUAUGCGGGAGAUCAGAGUCAUGCGUCAGGUCAAUCAUCGCCACUGCGUUCGUUUCCUUGGGAGCUACACGGACAACGAGUCCGUCAAUAUUCUGUCACUCCCCGUGGCUGAGAUGGAUCUUGCUGCGUUACUUGAUAACCAUAUCGGAGAUUAUGAGUGGCCCAUACUCUACAAAGGAAUCGACUGUCUCUGCAACGGACUGUAA